GAAGGGAAGGGAGUUUGGUUUGCAUGGUAAAUUCCUUCUCUAUUCCUCACACAUAUCAUACUAAUCUCAGUGUGUUGAUGGUGUGUGUUGAAGGAGGAGAAGACCCCAUGAAGACCAGCAGACCUCAGGAAGACCCGUGUAGACUCCUGCGGACCCCAACGAAGACUAGCCGUCACUAAGUUGUCAGCUACGGAGAUCCAAAUAAAGAAUAAACAGGAUUAUAAUUUGCAGUGGUCUGAAAGUCUCAUGCUGUUAGGCUAAGGAAAUGAGGCUAAGGACGGACAAGAAAGAGGAAGAGCCCAAUCGGAAGUAUACGUCUGACUUUUCACCUCUUUACCUCUUCUAUCUCCCAAUUUCUCCUCUUUUCAGUCAUCUCUCCUCAUAUCUACAUCUCUCCGCUCUAGUAACCCCUCCUUUCCUCACCUUUCCACCAAUCUUCUCACCCGUCAUUUUAAUCUCAUCAACUGUGCUCUCUUCACCUCCCCUCUCAUCCUCCCUUUAUCUCCCCUGUCCUCCUCUUUUCCUCCCCUCUGCUCUUAUCCUCGUUUCAUCUACUCACGACAGGAUGAGAGGGGCCUUUGUCUCUGAGGACCAUUGGGUCUUUUGUGGCAUCACUCAGAGGCAGACUUAGACACAUCUUCCUGAUGCUGCGUGAGUCUGUCAUGGCGGGAGCCUUCAUGGACUCGUCACCCAACGAUGACUACAGCACGGACCACUCCCUCUUCAACUCCUCAGCCAGCGUCCACGCGGCCUCCAUGGCAGCCCAUGACCAGCCGGAGAGGGAGCCCAUGUCCCGCGACGCCAUCUGGCUUUGGAUUGCCAUCACCGCCACCAUUGGGAACAUUGUGGUCGUGGGAGUGGUGUACGCCUUCACUUUCUGAGUGGUGGGAGCCAUGAUAAAGUGUUGCCAGCAGGAGGAAGUUGCAGCACAAGAUAUUUGAACAUAAGCUCAGAAACUUGAGAGCGACAUAAUCUCAGAACUCCACAGCAGCCAAUAACCACCAUGAAAGGCUACACUGAUACAGAGGAGUGAAUGAUUAUUGCAUUGACAUCUUGUCCAUGCUUUUGAAAGACAAGGGACAAAUACAAAUACAGAAUUGAGUAUGUGUAAUAUGUUGGUAAUUUUACUGCAGCCAAAGGUAAAAAUAUGAAAUAUUUUGUACGUAAGUUCUGUUGAUUUUACGUAAAAAUGUUAACAUUUCUGAUGAAGCUUUAAAUAUUGAACGGAUUCUAGAAAAUAGAAUACAGUGUUGUAUAGUCAACUCUGAAUAACCUCUGAGCUAAUUGGUCAAUUCUGAAAUCACCUAAAGGACGUACAAUAUUCCUACAGAACCUUUGUAACGUGCCAAUUGAAGCGUUUGGAGAUCAUUGUAUGGAAAGUAACACUGAUAUGUUUUUAUCUUCAAAGCAUUACUCCACAGAGGUCACUGUAUUCUAAAGACAUCUGCCCAAAGUUAGGAGUUUAUGACAAACAUUCUAGAAACAGAAUGCCUAAUGAUCUUAGAUUGAUUUACUUACCCCAUGAAAAUAUAGUUCACCUGACACUAUCGGUUUUGGAUCAAGUAAACCCCCCUUUUCAUCCUAAGUGAGCCUUGAGUGCUGAAUAGACAAUCCUUUCCGAGCAAAUUCAUAUCAAAUAAAGUAUGGGUACACUAAAACUAUUUCCCUUAAACACCCCUAUCAGACCUCAAAUCCAUAUGAACGAGAUGUACGAUUUACAGAACUUGAUGUUCACUGUGACCGCUUGUUAUGUUUGUUUCCAUUCUGUAUAGCAAUCCACUUUUCACAGAUAUUUACAUGUGGAAACCAGAUUUAUCACGCUUAGAACUCACUUGGAUCCAAGCCUCUUGAUGUGACUGCUGUAACCAUAACCAUUUUUAUGUCGGUCUGAAUGUAUAUUUGGAUAUAAGAUUAUCUUUCUUCCUCUUUACAGUUGCUCAACACAUCGUAACCCAAACUGCAUUCCAAGCCAAAUACUCAACAAAAGUAUAAAGGCAACAUGUAAAGUGUUGGUCCCAUGUUUCAUUUGUUGAAAUAAAAGAUUCCAGAAAUGUUCCAUAUACA